AUGAGUAACGGUUUCAGGGCUUCGGUAUCAUCACAAGGUAAUCGCAAACCAUUUCUGACCGUCAAUCAACGCUCAAUCAUUAAAUACUGCAUCGAUAACGCCAAGGAUGAUAUAGCUGACAGAAUUAUUCGCCGUGCCAUGGAGAAAAAGGAUGAUUUCAAAAUGUUCAUUGAUAACCUUACACGGGCACAACGCAGCGAGGUCUCUGAAGCAUUACGGGUAUUUCUGACGAGUAUCUGCGAUAUACUUACCGAUUCUGAUGAAAUCCAGCGGAUUUCCGAAGAAUUCGGGUCGUCACACGUGCCGUUCCGGACAUUCGGCUUCAAACCGGACUUCUUUGCCUGCACUGCCGAUGCCGUCACUACAGAAUGCACGUUUCUCGAUCAGGCCACUCAUACACCCAGUGAGACUGCUGGGUCAUGGUCAACUCUGAGCGCAUUUGUGUUCUCGGCUGUACGUGAUGGGUAUUACGCAGAGCUACGGCGGCAGCGUAAAUGCAGCAAUGCGUUCCGGAAUCGGCCAUCUGUUGACGUUAGCUCCGAUGGUAGCGUCGUCGACGGUGGUAGUAGAAAAUCCGCCUCUCCAACACCAGACGAUAUCUCACAAAGCAGUGGAUCAAAGGAGAGUACUGCUAAUUACCUGCUACCACCUCAAGUGUACUAA